AAAGGUCUAAAUAAGAGAUUCUAUUGGUGGUUUGACUGACCAAUCAUGGGUUUGCGUUGGCGUUUUUUGCUUGAAUUAAAAAGACACAAAAAUACCUUCAUACUUAAGCACAUUCCGUCUGGUUGUCCUUACUCAAAAUGGUGUCCCUGAAACAGGAAGAGGCACAAUUCUUUACUUUCUGGCAAGUGGUAACUUUAUAUUUCUGCAGCUGCGGUUAACCACAAACUUUCCACAUAUUCUUGUCUUGACAUCAUCGCAGAUGUACUCAUUCUCUGUGGGACAAUAUCAAACUUCACUCUUAGGGGACAAAUGGUAUCUUGUAUAUCCUGAAUUACCACAUUUUUAAAUGUUCCCGCUGUCAAAACGGCAAGCACGUGUCAGGACAAAUAAGCGGUUAGCUCAUGAGCAAAGCAUGACUAUGGGGCCAGAGAAGACUCUGUUGACAGACAAAGCUCAGUACUGGAGUCCCAGAAGGACAAAAUGUCACUCCAAGUCAAACAGGGACACUUUAGGGAGGGUGCUGGCUGGCUGAUAAGAUGACAGAUGAUAUAUAUAUAUGAUGUAUAUAAUAAAAUGUAAGUUAAAGGUGGUCCAAAUGUGCAGUAGGUGUCCUGUGUAUACACACAGAGAGGUGAGAGGCUUACUCCUUCCUUCUUGCACAGUACACACCUCUAUCAAUGACGCACACAGGACUAGCAUUACAACAACACUGUGCUCUCACACAUGCUUAGUCAUUGUCAAGAGAGUGUAGUCAGACAGCUGGUGGGGUUUGACAGCUGAUCAGCAAACAUGUCAGAGAAACUGGAAGGCAACAUUUUAGUGACUGGGACCAACAGAGGCAUUGGUUUGGAGCUGGUGAAACAGCUGGCAGAGAAGACAGGAGAGGUGGCUCACAUCUAUGCCUGUUGCAGAGAACCUGCUGGAACCAGCGCUGAGGCCCUGAGAGACCUCACCAAUCAGUAUCCUGGAAAGAUCACUCUGAUCAAACUAG